AUGGAUGUGGACAGACUCGGGAGCAUGACUUCAUGGCACAUGGGCGUGAUUGGCGAUCAGAGAGACAAGACAAGACAAAGCCGGGCUGGGAUGCCGGAGAAAUUGAAUGCAGGAUCAGCGCUGCACGAUGAAACCCAACUGACAGCUCACCGGCCAAUGUUGCAGAACUACUAUUCCUUAUCCCUUCUUUCCAGACUUGAUACAGGGAUCCUCCUGCUGGUCAUCGUCAUCUGGUCUUUCUCUCCUUGCAGAGAAGUCAAGUCAAGUCAAGUCAAUCACAUUCUAUGUGACAGCCAUAGACCAACUGAGGGAUUGUUCAAAUGA